AUGACGAAAAUAACUAGAUUCAGUUCAAAACCACAGAGCCCUAAUUGCGAAAUGGAAAAUUAUGUUUAUCAGCCGUUGGAAGCCGGCCAAUUUCGUCUUUUCAAGUUCAACCGCGGAAACAUUGGGCAUCGUAUCAAGUGUCAGAUCCAAAAUGUCCCCUUCAAUGUGAAGCAUCGGUAUGUCGCUUUAUCAUAUGUUUGGGGUGCCAGUUCGACCGAACGGAAAAUCAGCCUCAAUGGCCACGAUCUAGGAAUCGGAGAAAACCUCUACGUUGCUAUCGAUCAGCUCAGAGCCCAUGAAGAGCAGUUUACAACGCAUUUCGGUUGGAUUGACGCCCUUUGUAUCAAUCAGAAAGAUAAUGCUGAGAAAGCACAACAGGUUCAAUUCAUGGAUAGGAUAUACGGUGGUGCUCGAAUUUCAAUUGCUUGGAUUGGUGUACCCACAUCCAUAGACGAGAUAUAUUGUGAGGAGAUAUUUGAUGCAGUAUCGCAAGAGGCAUAUCCUUCCUAUGGGGACACAGCAGCUGCAUACACCAUACCCCGACGCCUGAUGAUGGAUAACAAAGAACCGGGUUAUUCAGAGAGGCUCUUUCAGUCGAAAAGAUGCAUUGAAGAGCUUAUGGUAAAUCCCUGGUUUGAUCGUGUCUGGACAUUACAGGAGUUUAUAAUGGGAAACUUGCCCGGAUACUCCCGCAAAUUACACUAUGGCCGCCUUUUAGUUUCCAUGACUUCAUUCAUUAAUCAGUGUGCUUUCCCUGGGCUAGAAAAGGCCCAUCCAACCACGCUAGGUUAUAGCGACUACCUGAAAGCGUGGACGCGGAUGCAUGCUAUGGAUCAGCUCAUAGAUUGGGCCGAUAAGAGAGGCAUGUCUUGGCUCGUACCAACCUCCGAAGUCAACGAAACCGUCGCAGCGGAUCAACUAUUAAAUCUCCUCGAUACUAGCGCACAGCGACGUUGUACUCAGCCGCACGACACCAUAUACGGUGUCUUAGGUCUUUGGCACUAUGUAAGAUGCAAACCUCUCCCAGAGAAUCUGAAGCCCAAUUAUGACGCCGCAUAUGCUGAAGCUUGCCGUGAAUGUUCUGCAUAUCUUCUCACUCAUACUCGCGAUCUCAGAAUCAUUGCGAAGAGAGGUGGCAACUUCCAGACCGAGGUGCCAUCUUGGGUGCCUGACUUGAGUUAUCUCGGCUUGCGAUCAGACCACAUGAUGUAUACAGUGGACAGGGCGCAAGUGAAGGUCUUGCCAAACGGUCAAGAGCUCUCAAUGGGAGGCUCGGCGCUUGGAGAAACUGCUGAGUGGAUAAGCAAGACAAUGAUCCUUAUGGAUAGCGGACACGUCCUUUUUGCAGAUGGUGACAUUGUGCAAGCAAGACCAGGAGAUAUGGUUAAGAGCUGGGCAGGAGGCAUCGCUCACCGUCAGAACAAGGAGUGGAAAGGAUAG